GCCAUCCUCCUCCGCCUUCUCCAAACCACCACCACCACGACAGGCCGCAUAAACGGCCAUAGUACCAUGCCAUUCAUUGACUAGCUUAUUCGGCCUCUUUGUUUUGACCGCCAGUUGGUGAAACACUCCUUCUCGCUCGCACUUGAGCUUAGAAUUUGGGUCUCCACUUGCGACGCCGCGACUCGCUCGCUGGUACUCGAGAAGCAAACAACAGUACACAGCAGCCGCUCUUCCCUCAAACCCGUGUUUGCGAUCUUUGCCGCCCACAUAGCCAUCGACCACGAGCUCGCAAUGCCCGAUCUCAACUCGGUUCCGCCCUCACCACACGCACUCGCCGCAUUAUCGCGUCGUGCAUCUUCUCAACAAAUGCCGCCCCCGCCCGCGCCGGGGUCGCCUUCGCUCAACAUUCUACCCUCGAAUCAAAACGCCGUCAACGCCGCCACUUCCCCGAGUCUGCCUUCUCCGGGUUUUCAGGCAUCGACCUCCCUCCCAGGGCCGACAAUGGGCGAUAACACGGGCGUCGGGCCCGGACCGGGGCCCCUGCGGCAUCCACGCCCCUUGACGGCGGCAGAUCUCCACCUAGAGCUUGAGAAGGAACAAGAGGCAGUGGUCAACCGCCUCACCCGCGAACUCUCCAUCCUCCGCGCCGCACAGAAUGCCUCAGUCGCCUCGAACGCCUCCUCCACCUCCGCCAGCGCAUCGGGUACCGAGCCCGGCCAGUGGGGGGAAGUCACCCAACCCAGCCUAGGCACGAGCCACUACCAGCCGGUCCGCCACCAGCGCACCUCGUCGAGCGCCAGCGCCCGCAGCCUCACCGCCAACGCCGGCUCGGUAUCGACCACCUCACUCGCGGGCAUAUCCUCCCCGGUACCGGUCCGCCCCACCGCCCAGACCCCGAUCGCCAUCGGCGGCAUCGCGCUCAGCAGGCAGAAUAGCAGCGCCUCGCGCCGCAGCCGCACCGGCUCGCCGUCCCCGGCCGCCCACCGAAGCAGCAGCACCAGCCACCCCUACCAGCACGCCCCGGGCAGCGAGCCCGGCUCGCUCCCAGGCUACUUCACAUCCCGCAUGCCCAUGCCCAUGCGAUCACAGUCAGGCACGGGCACGAACACAAACACGACCUCCGCGGCCGCCACCCCGACGACGACCACCACCACCGCGACGGCCGCGAGCGAGCUGUCGCCGGGCAUCCUGCCGGCCACGUCGCGGUACGAGGAGACGGCGCUGCGCCGCGCCGAGCUCGACGAGUACAAGCGCGAGAACGAGGCCCUGCGCCGCCGCGUCCGCGAGCUCGAGAGGCUGGUCCGCGACGCUUCUGCCCUGAAGGAAGGUGGCGGUGGCGGUGGCUCGUCGUCGCAGCAGUCGCAGCAGCAGCAGUCACAAGCACAGCCGCAGUCUCAACAGCAGCAGGUGGAGAGGCGGCGGGCUGUGAGCACGGCGAGCGCGGCCGGGAGUGCGAUGGGUGUGGGCGUGCCCGAGGAGGAGGUCGGUGUGGGGGAGAGCGCUGCUAGUGGUGGUGCUGGGAGGGGCAGGGGGCGCGGGAGAGCGGGCAGGGGGGACUGA